CAAACACUGACAGUAAUGCUGCCUGUUCCAGUUCCUCUGAACCGGCGCGGCCGGCUAACGUUACUGUAACUGUAAGACACGGCGCACCGGCGAAGUCUGCAGGCUGGCGCGUUUGUUUCUGCCGUUAUCUUCUUCCCUGCUGCGACUUCCACACUGGACAUCCAAGGAUGUACAGGAAGAUAAGGAGCAGCAAAGGUCAGCGAGCCGGAUCGAUGCUCUUAUCGGUGAUAAAGUAGACACCGCCGUCAGAACUAAAAACGCUUCUUUUUCGCAUGAACCCUGGCAGGGACUCAGGAUGAGGAAACCCAAAGUCACUCGGAUGGGUUUCGCCUUGUGUCUGGGAUGUUUCAUUAUGGUCAUCCUCUACUUUAACAGCAGCCUGAAGCCAGGCUCGGAGCCGCUCGGUGAAAGAAGCAGUGGGCAGAAGUCGAGAAGGAGUCCUCUACAGAUGCUUUAUGAUGGUGACCAGGUUGAGUCAGCAGUGCAGGCGAUCCAUCAGGGCAGACGGGAGGUGUUAGAAGAAGCGUGCCGCUCCUACACCCGCAAACGCAGAGUCCUCAUCCCCGAGGACCUGAAGCACGUCAUCGUGGACGACCAGCACGGCCUGCUGUACUGCUACGUGCCCAAAGUGGCCUGCACCAACUGGAAGCGGGUGCUCAUGGUUCUGACGGGCGUCGCAGGGUCCCUCCGAGACCCGCUGGCGAUCCCCGCCAACGAGGCCCACGUUGCAGGAAACUUGCGCACUCUGUCGGAGUACUCCACCUCGCAGAUUAACCAGCGCCUGCGCUCCUACCUGAAGUUCGUUUUUGUACGUGAGCCCUUCGAGCGGCUGGUAUCUGCGUACCGCAACAAAUUCACGCGGAACUACAAUACUGCUUUUCAUAAACGAUACGGCACAAAGAUAGUGCGGCGGCACCGGCCGGACCCUCAGCCGGAAGCUCUAGAGAGAGGCAACGACGUCUCAUUCGAGGAGUUUGUUUAUUAUCUCGUGGACCCGGCAACCCAGCGAGAAGAGCCCUUCAACGAGCACUGGGAGCGGGUGCACUCGCUGUGCCACCCCUGCCUCAUCCACUACGACGUGGUGGGUAAAUACGAGACGCUGGAGCAGGACUCCCGCUACGUGCUACAGCUGGCCGGGGUGGACGACCAGGUCAGCUUCCCCGCCUCUUCCAAGAGCACCAGGACUACAGGAGACAUGGCGGCGCAGUUCUUCCACAACAUCAGCCCCUUCUACCAGAAGAAGCUGUACAACCUGUAUCGCAUGGACUUCCUGCUCUUCAACUACUCAAUACCAGCCUACCUCAAUUUCAGAUGAGGCUGGGACAUCACUCAUCCACAGACUUGAACAUGUGGAGCCUGGAGUCUUGUAAAAGAUGAAAGAGAUGUUUCUCUCUUAUUACGGACUCUGCAAAUACUGUUGGAAGAUAAAUCCUGAGCUCCAAAGUAAAUUCAUUUUUACAGACUGCAGAGUUUCAUAGAGGAUACAAGUAGGAGAGGACUUUUAACUACAAGAUGACAUUUGUUGCCUAAAGAAGGCAAAUCAUAUUGUAUUGUAAACAGUGAUCCAGAGGAAGUCGGUCACUGCCUUUGAAAGUGUGAAAUACCGUUCAACUUUCGGUUUAACUUAAUUUCGGUUGCUAUCUGCUGUUUCAAAAGUGUAAUUUGCACGACAAAUGUUGAUCUUAAUAAAGAUGAAUAUCUUAUUCAGUGAAUGUCUCCAAACGUACGUGCCUCUGAUCGUGGGAUUUAGUUUGACCCCAGCAGCCAAUGACAACUUCUGUAAAUGUGACUUUGUGCUGUAGGAAAAACAUUUUCUGUAACAAUGUUAUUGUCUUUAUUUAUUGUGUUAUUGCUGACUCCACUAAGUCAGACAAACCAAAAUAGAUAUAUAGUUUUUCUCUCAAUUUUCAAAUAAAUGCAUUUCAGCAAGAAUUGUUUAUUUGUUUGUUGUAAUGGUUUGAAUAUUGGAUUGAAUAUUAUUUGUAAGAAGUUUUUAAGGGAGCAACCCUGAUACUUGACAAACUGCUAUACAGAUAUCCUUCACAAUACAGCAAUCACAACUUAUGAGUCUUUAUUUCAAUGACAAAUCAUGGCUGCAAAGAUGUUGUCCAGAUCUUUUUUACAAAUGUGAGAGCAAAGUCCAGUCAAGCUUUAUGUCACUGUCUUUAUGUCAUUACCAUCUUUGGAUGCUAUUUCCAGGUCAGUAAAGACGAGCAUUUUUCUAAAAGUGCAUAUCAAACAAUUGAAAGUG